GUCAGCUGGUACCUAGUAUUUACUGCAGAAACUUAGGGGCCCUGCGGGGCUGAGGAUAGGUGGGAGACGGUUUCAAAGAUAGCCCUCUAGACCUUGCGGUUCAAAGUCCACACAGAUCUGGCUUCCAGGAAGCUGGUGACGGUAAGACUGAGGGUGGAGGCACUGUCCACCUCUCCACACUUCAGGCUUUUCCGACCUUUCCGGUCUGUGGCUUAACGUGUGACUCACGGGAGGAAGAAGAGACAAAUAUUCCCCUGAGGCUGGGAGGAGGCCACGCCUGUUUUUCCUGGUUAAGAAGGUUUCACCGGGGCCCUCAGAGAAUCCCAUAGGAUCCGGGGAAACAGGUUGGAUCGCCGAGACUCUCCAGCUGCUGUCCCUGGUGGAGAGACCCCGGGCCUCCCAGAAGCUGCUGUGGCCUGACUGUGUGCUUGCAAGAGGCAUUUGACCAAUUUGGGACCAGUUGGAAGAGAAGGUGUCUGCGGCCAGGAUGAUGAAUCAUACCACCAGCUCCGAGGAUAAUUAUGAGUAUGAUUACGAACUUUACCAGGAUCUUCCGGAUGUCCCCGUAGACUGCCCAGAUGGGAGUUGCUUCUCUAGUGAUUUCUACCUCAUAACCCUGCUUCUGCUGUAUGCAGCCAUCUUCCUGGUGGGUGUGCCAGGCAACACCAUGGUGGCUUGGGUGACCUGGAAAGAGUCCCGCCACAGGCUUGGGACCUCUUGGUUCCUGCACCUGGCCGUAGCUGACUUGCUUUGCUGUGUGUCUCUGCCCUUCCUGGCUGUGCCCAUUGCCCAAAAAGGUCACUGGCCGUAUGGGGCAGCAGGCUGCUGGCUGCUACCCUCGGUUACGGUCCUGUCUAUGUAUGCAAGCGUGCUGCUCCUGACCGCCCUCAGCGCUGACCUCUUCCUACUGGCUUUCAGGCCCUCCUGGAAGGCGUCUGAUCACCGGACGCUCGGGGUGCGGGCGGCCCAGGUCUCUUCCUGGAUGUUGGCCCUGCUGCUGACGGUACCCUCAGCAGUUUACCAUAGGCUGCUUCGGGAGCACUUCCCUUCUCGGCUUGUGUGUGGCAUCGACUAUGGGCGAUCGGUGGCUGCAGAGGCCACCAUCACCGCCGUUCGACUUCUCUUUGGCUUUCUGGGGCCAUUGGUGUUUAUGGCCAGUGGCCACAGCAUCCUCCAACGGCAACUGACCCGACGUCACUGGCCACUGGGCACAGCUGUCGUGGUGGGGUUUUUCAUCUGCUGGACCCCUUACCACAUCCUGAGGGUCAUAAUCGCAGUGGCUGAGCCUUCCUCCUCUUUCCUUGCCCGGGUCCUGGAGGCUGAGCCUCUGGUUACAGGCCUGGCCCUCGCUCACAGCUCUGUCAAUCCUAUAAUGUUUUUGUACUUUGGAAGGAAACAGCUCUGCCGGUCACUCCAGGCUGCCUGUCGCUGGGCCCUGAGGGAUCCACAGGAUGAGGAAAAUGUGAGCAAGGUGUCCACCAGCCACGAGGUGACGUCUGAGAUGGCGGUGUAGGCAAGAGGGCUUUGUAUUUCCUAGGCCAUUGCACAACCGUGCAGCUUCAGGCAUAGCUCGAUCCAGGAGCUCAGGGACUGCUUUUGUUCUUCAUUCAACAAACAUUCAUUGUGCACUCGCUUGUGCAAAUAAGCCUGAUAGACAGGCGCUGGGUGUGGCCACGGCUGGAACCAAUUCCUGCCCCAAGGAAGAAUGAGCACUUCGCCGCGCGGAAGACAGUUAGGAAGCAGUUGAAGGAAUAUGGAAUACGUCAAGGGUGAGAUGUUCCAUAGAACUAAAGAAGGUGCUAGGGAGAAGGCUCAAAUGGCCUGCUGUACAAACAAGAGGACCCGGGUUGGAGCCUCAGCCCCUACACAAGAGCUGGGUAUGGCAGCGUGCCUAUAACCCCGGCACUGAGGGAAUUGGUGGGUCCUGGGGGUCCUCUAGCCAGCCUGCCUAGCCCAAUCAACAAGCUCCAGGGAGAGACCCUGUCUCAAGAAACAGAGUGGAGCAGGCCUGGUGGUGAUCCCUUUAAUGACAGCGUUUGGGAGGCAGAGGCAGGAGGAUCUCAGAUUUUUAGGCUAUCCUGAUCUACAUAGUGAGUUCCAGGUGGAGAGCACUAGAUGAAGAUAUCGAACCUUGACCUUAGGCCUACACACACCACACACACACACACACACACACACACACACACACACACACACACACACACACUGUGGGGCAGCCUAGGUCAGACAGGCUAGCACCUUGAGAAAAAGGUAAUGACUGAGCUCAAAUCUGAAUAAUGGAGAGAGGAUCCAUGCUUAAAUCUGUGGAACUAUUCCAAACAGACAGUGCAAGUGCCCCUGAGGGUGCCUCCUCCAAGAAGCCCUCCAUGACUUGCAUCCCUCCCAGGGACAAACAAGGGCUCCUCCUUUCUUUUUUUUUUUUGGUUUUUCGAGACAGGGUUUCUCUGUGUAGCUUUGCGCCUUUCCUGGAACUCACUUGGUAGCCCAGGCUGGCCUCGAACUCACAGGGGCUCCUCCUUUCUUAAAAUCUCUUUAACACAAAUGCCCAGAUCAACUAUAAAUUCUCCAAAGGUGAGAGACAGACUUACUCCAUCUUUUAAAUUUUUUGUAUUAUGUGUAAUUAUUUACUGUCUGUGUCAGGAAGGGGCAGGGGUGGAGUGUGCGUGUGAUGUUGGUCCUGAGGAUCAAACAGGUCGCCAGGCUUGGCUGCAGGCACCUUUACCAACUGAGUCAUCUUACCAGCCCCAGCCUGUAGCUAAAAGAUUUUCUGUGCCCCACCUGGCCCGAAGUAGGAACAAAUCUCUCUCACCCGCAGUCCUGCAGCCCCUUAUAAAAUAAUCACUCAGAGGCUUAAUAUUAAUUACAAACUGUAUGGCCUAUGGCUAAGAAUUCUUGCUAGCUAGCUCCUUCAUCUUAAAUUAACCCAUUUCUAUUAAUUUAUGUAUUGCCACAUGUCCGUGGUGUUACUGGUCUGCUGGCAUGCUGUUCCUUCCGUGGCAGGCUGGCCCCUCCUCCUACUCUUCUAUUAAUAAACACUUUUUCAAGAUGGGGUUUCUCUGUGUAGCCAUGGCUGUCCUGGAACUAGCUCUGUAGACUAUGCUGGCCUGGAAUCACAAUGUGAUGAUAUAUUGUGUACCCUAAUAUACUUGCCUGAGGAUCAGAGAAGCAGAACAGGCAGCCACUAGUUCUUACCUCUACAAAAUCCUCAGCCUAAAGAGAGUGUGUUCCUGUAUCUUCACGCCUUAUAUACCUUUCUCUGCCCUGCCAUAUUACUUCCUGGGAUUAAAGGCAUGUGUGCUUCCCAAGCAAAGGCAUGAGAUCUCAAGUGCUGGGACUGAAGGUGUGUGUCACCGCUGCCUGGCUCUGUUUCUCUCCUAGACUGGAUCAAUCUCAUGUAGCCCAGUGUGGCCUUGAACUCACAGAGAUCCAGAGGAUAUCUGCCUCCCGAGUGAUAGGAUUAAAGAAGUGUGCCAUCACUGCUUGACCUCCAUGUCUAAUCUUGUGACUGGCUCAGUCUUAUCUCUUCUCCUGUCCCCUGGCUUAGAAAGUACUGUCUAAACUCUAAUUUUUCCAACUAGUAUGUGGGCUCCUUGAUAUUGCUGAUGCCUUUUUCUGUUAGUUAGUUUUUGAGGAUCUUUAAACAAUUUUAUUUAAAAAAAUAUCAUAUAGGUAUAUAUUGUACAUUGAGCAGAUCCCCGACACUUACCCAAAUUUUGCAGGAUUUUAACACGUACCGUGUCCACCAACUUUCUUUUACAAAGCCUUAGGGCUUGGUUUGGCUUUGGUUAUCUUUAUUUAGUAAUUUUUUUUUUUGAGAGAGGGUCUCAUAUAGCCCAGGCUGGCUUUGAACUUGAUAUGUAGCUAAGGAUGAUCUUCAACAUCUCCUGAGUGCUGGGAUUACAGUCCUGCAUCACCACACCUGAUUUAUGUGGUGCUGAGGACGAAGCCCAGGGCUUUAUGCAUGCUAGGCAAGUCUACCAACUGAGCCACAUCCUCAGUUCCUCACCAGGGAUCCCAAGCUGACGACCCAGUACUCCGUCAUGCUUCCAGCAUGCUUCCCCUCACUGGGGGAUUCUAGGCCAAUGUCCUAGAUGUCUCCACCCCCAAACCUCCUUGAACAAUGUAUGAACCUAUCUAAAAAGUUCAAAGAAUUUCUGGUUAGUUUACUGGGACCAGGGAGCCUUUUCAGAAGGACUUUUUCAUUUUUUUUAAAACUAAGACACAUUUUGAAAGUUUCCGUUUAAAUUCUUUGGCCUUAAAAAAAAUGAAGGAGAGGGGCUGGAGAGAUGGUUCAGAGGUUAAGAGCACCGACUGCUCUUCCAGAGGUCCUGGGUUCAAUUCCCAGCACCCACAUGGUGGCUCACAACCAUCUGUAAUGAGAUCUGGUGCCCUCUUCUGGCCUGCAGGGACACAUGCAGGCAGAAUACUGUAUACAUAAUAAAUAAAUAAAUCUUUAAAAAAAUGAAGGAGAUAUUUCAUUUUUUUCAAAUUUCACAGUUUCUAAAAGUAUUUCUGUGCAAUUAUACAUAAAAUCUCUUGAUAGUAAAGAUUUAUUUAAAGUUAAAUAAACUGGUUGUUGUUUAUUGUAAAUGUUGUUUAUUGUAAACUUUCUCUUGCUCAGACUGUUAUGUAAUCAUGUCUCCAAACUGAAACAAGAGGUAAUCCUUAAGAGUCAGGGAGUAAACAACUCACAAGUCUCAGGAUGUUCCUGAAACUGACUACACACACCAGGUCCCUUUUUCCCCAUGUGCCACCAAGGCCAGGCGAGGUCCUCCUGUUUGUGUGGUAAAUAUUUUACGCACAGAACCAUCUUGUAGCCCCUAUUUGUAUGGUUUUGAAAAUCUGUUUGUUUUCUGAGACAGUGUUGCUUUCUCUCUAUAGCCCAGGCUGGCCUGCAGACUCCUAGCAGACCUCCUUCUCCAACUUCUCAAGUAAGUACAGGGGUCACAUGCCCACACUGCCACAUCUGGCUUGUGCUAAUUUCUGGAAAUAAAAAUAGUGAUUUCUGGCUGGGUGGUGGUGGUGCACGCCUUUAAUCCCAGCACUCGGGAGGCAGAGCCAGGUGGAUUUCUGUAAGUUUGAGGCCAGCCUGGGCUACAGAGCAAGCUCCAGGAUAGGCACCAAAGCUACACAGAGAAACCCUGUCUCCAAAAACAAAACCAAAACCAAACAAACAAAAAUAGUGAUUUCCUUAAGUUUUUAGUGAAUCACAUCUGUUGUUAGUUGUUUUUGCUCUUUUGGGGGGCCUGCCACCCAUCUCCCAAAUAAAUCGUACACAGAGGCUUAUUCUUAAUUGUAAAUGCCUGGCCUUAGCUUGGCUUGUUUAUUGUCAGCUUUUCUUAACUUAAAAUGAUCCCAUCUACCUUUGGCCUGUGGGCUUUUUCCUUUUCUUACUUCUGUAAUCUUACUUUUACUCCUACUUUGUGGCUGUCCCCCUGGCAUCCUCCUCGCCUGUUCUCUUGCUCUUUCUUCUUUCUGUUCAUUCUCUCUGCCUGCCAGCCCCGCCUAUCCUUUCUCCUGCCUCGCUGUUAGCCUCUUAGCUCUUUAUUAGACCAUCAGGUGUGUUAGACAGGCACAGUAACACAGCUUCACAGAGUUAAACAAAUGCAACAUAAACAAAAGUAACACACCUUAAAAUAAUAUUCCACAACAGGGGUCACAUGCCCACACCACCACAUCUGGCUUAUACUAAUUUCUUAACAUAAAAAUAGUGAUUUCCAGUGAGUCACAUCUCAGUGAUUUUUCCAAGAACUGCUUGUCAUAAAAUGGUUCUGGUGGUCAGUGGUGGCUUCCUAAUUGACUACAGAUUUGCCAUUUAUUUCCUUCAUUUUUUCUUUAAACAAAAAUGUAGUUUGCUGGGUGGUGGUGGUGCACACCUUUAAUCCCAGCACUGGGGAGGCAGAGGCAGGUGGAUCUCUGUGAGUUUAAGGGAAGCUUGGUCUACAGAGUGAG